AUGCGGUACCCAUACACCAUCGCACCAGACUGGUCCGUCACGAAGAUCGCCGGCGGCCUGAAAGGCGUGCGGACGGUGAUCUGGGACCCCAACGGCAACAUGCUGGUCGCGCAGGCCGGGACGGGCAUCUCGGUGCACACAUUCGGCGCCGACGGCUGCAUCAACAGCACCAGCAUGCUCAUCAGCAGCAUCGCGCUGAACCACGGCCUGGCGCUCACGCCGGACGGCUCGACGCUGUACGCCAGCGGCGAGCGGACCGUCUACGCGUGGGCGUACGAUGCCGCGACGAGGAUGGUUAGUGGCCAGAGGACUGUCGUGACGGGGAUGGACUCGGGCAUCCACUCCACCCGGACCCUGAUGGUCGUUGCUUCGCAGCCCAACAUGGUGCUUGUCCAGGUCGGGUCCAACGCCAACCUGGACAUGGACUCGGCGCAGCCGGCCACGGGCCGCGCCAUCAUCAAGAUCUUUGAUAUGAACAAUGCCCCGGCCACCGGGUAUGACUACAAGACCGCGGGAGAGGUCUUUGCCUAUGGUUUGAGGAACGAGAUUGGGUUCAUCCAGGACCCGACCGGUGUGGUCUGGGGCGUGGAGAACAGCGGAGAUGACUUCACUAUCAAUGGUGACGAUAUCCACAACGAUAACCCGGCCGAGAAGCUCAACAACCUUGGAGAUCCCCUCACGGCGCGCGACAUCUGGUACGGCUACCCGACCUGCUUCUCAGUCUGGGACCCCACCGCCUUCAUCAACCGUAACCUGACAACAGGCGAGCAAUUCAUGCUAGCAGCCGACAGCGUCAACGGCGUGUCGACAGACGCCGACUGCGCGACCAAGGCCACGCCGCCCCGCCUGACCUUCGAGGCGCACUCGGCGCCGAUCUGGAACGCUUUUGACGCGGACGCGACAAACAUGUACGUGACGCUGCACGGGUCGUGGGACCGAACGCCCCCCAUCGGCUUCAAGGUCGUCGAGGUCCCGUUCGCGCGGCUCGCGAGCGGCGCGUACGACCCCGUCGCGCCCGCCGAUAGCAUGACGGGGUUUAGUGAGAUCUUCUCGGCGCCGGACCCGGAAUCGUGCACGGCUAACGGCUUGACGAUGAGUAACUGCUUCAGGCUUACUGCUGCUGGUUGGGACCCUGCUGGACGUGGCCUGUUUGUUGGAAGUGACAACAGUGCGGAGGGAGAGAUCUAUAUCCUGUCCAAGAAGUGA